UGGCAAUGAAGGAUUUUCGUUUCGUCGCAUUGGCAAACUCACAAAACUGAUAAUUUUAGAAUUUCGUGUUUCUUUUAACCGAAAUAAUUUGAACAUUUCUGGUUUUUGCAGUUUUUAUUUACUUUAUAUCUACAUUUACAAUUUUCAAAUCAAUCGCAUUCUUUUAAAAACUGUUAUUUUAAAGUGAUUGAUUUGACUCUUGUAGUGAAACAAAUUUCAAACGUUACAGUCUGAAGUGUGUAGCUAGCUCGAUAUAACUGUCAAUCUGGGUGUAGAAAUUUAUUUUGUAAUUUUCACCGGUUCUCAUGUGUAAUUUCUCAAUGUGUUAGACUAUUUUUGAACAAAGGUUCUUCGAGAAAUAAUGUUAUUUAGUGUAUGUGGUGCUUAAAAUUGUGCGAAAAUGGAUGACGGUACAAUAAAGAUUCAAUCCGGAAUUAAUAUCAACAUAAAAAGAACAGAUGGCCGGAUCCAUUCAGCGAUCGUCUCCGGUAUCAACUUGGAGACGAGGUCAGUUACAGUGGAAUGGUACGAACGAGGCGAGACCAAGGGCAAGGAGGUGGAGAUUGAUGCCAUCUUAGCCCUCAACCCGGAGCUUGCAGUCGGCCCCAGGCAUCACACGCCACACCUACAGCCGAUGCCCAACAAAUUAGCCAGGGACAUGACGCGACAAUCAAUUCCGGUGGCGACAAAAGCAGCUCCGUCGAGGGUGACACGCAACAAUCAGAUGCGGUUGUCCAACGCGGCCGGUGCGUACACGAACGGUCACGGCGGCGACACGACGGGCCGGCGCGGCGCCGAGAACGUGCCGCCGCCACAACAACCGCCCCAGCCCACACCUACCAACACAAGGAUCACGCAGCAGUUCACGGCGAGUAGUGUAGCCGGGGGCGGGGCGGCGGCGCGGCCGGCGGGCGUGUCGUCCACGGUGUCGGUGCCGCACGCCGUGGCGUCCGGCGCCGUGCGACGCUCCAAUGUAGUCAAGGAAGUCGAGCGGCUCAAGGAGAACAGGGAGAAGAGGCGACAACGACAGGCAGAGCUAAAGGAGGAAAAGGAAGCGUUAAUGAACAUGGACCCUGGCAAUCCAAACUGGGAGUUUUUGGCAAUGAUUCGCGAGUAUCAGAAUAGUAUCGAAUUCCGGCCGCUGACGGGCAAUGAACCUGUGGAGGACCAUCAGAUCACAGUCUGCGUCAGAAAGAGGCCGCUCAAUAAAAAGGAGAACUUGAAAAAAGAGGUGGACGUAAUCAGUGUACCGACGAAGGAUCAGAUGAUAGUGCAUGAGCCCAAGAACAAGGUGGACCUCACCAAGUACCUCGAGAACCAGAAGUUCCGUUUCGACUACGCUUUCGACGAUUCCUGCACAAACGAAGUUGUCUACAAGUAUACGGCUAAGCCGUUAGUGCAGACGAUAUUCGAGGGUGGCAUGGCGACCUGCUUCGCCUACGGACAGACUGGCUCCGGCAAGACGCAUACCAUGGGUGGUGACUUCCAGGGCAAAACACAAGACUGCAAGAAAGGUAUAUACGCAAUGGCGGCGCGGGAUGUGUUCGCGUAUCUCAAGUCGCCUAAAUACAAGCCAUUGAAUCUUAUAGUGUCUGCCUCCUUCUUUGAAAUAUAUUCUGGAAAGGUGUUUGACUUGUUGGCGGACAAAGCGAAGCUGCGUGUACUGGAGGACGGCAAGCAACAAGUGCAGAUUGUGGGACUCACGGAGAAAGUCGUCGACAAUGUCGACGAGGUGCUCAAACUCAUACAGCAUGGCAACGCCGCGCGGACCUCCGGACAGACGUCAGCGAACUCGAACUCGUCGCGGUCGCACGCGGUGUUCCAGAUCGUGGUGCGGUCGCCGGGCAUGCACCGCGUGCACGGCAAGUUCUCGCUGAUCGACCUCGCCGGCAACGAGCGCGGCGCCGACACCUCGUCCGCCAGCCGCCAGACGCGCAUGGAGUCCGCAGAGAUCAACAAGUCGCUGCUGGCGCUCAAGGAGUGCAUCCGCGCGCUGGGCAUGAAGGGGCAGAACCAUCUCCCCUUCCGCGUCUCCAAGCUCACGCAGGUCUUGCGCGACUCCUUCAUCGGGGACAAGUCCCGCACCUGCAUGAUCGCCAUGAUCUCGCCCGCCAUGUCCUCCUGCGAGCACUCCCUCAACACGCUGCGGUACGCCGACCGAGUCAAGGAGCUGGGCAGCGCGGACCCGGCGCGGCGACAGGACGACGCUGAUGUAGACAUGGACCAGCCUCCCGCACAUGAUCUGGCACAGCUGAGGUCACUCAAUGAAGGCGACAUGUCCGCGGAGAUGUACACGUUCCACGAGGCCAUCGACGAGAUGCAGCGCGCGGAGGAGGAGGUCCUGGACAACCACAAGGCCAUCUCCGACUACCUCCAGCAUGCUCUGCAGCGCUGCAACCAACUGCUCGCCAUCACCAGGGACGUCGACUACGACCAGGAUGCGUACGCGACGCAGUGGGAGGAGUUGCUGAACGAGCAGUUGGCAGUACUGGCGCAGUCGCGGGACCUGGUCGCAGAGUUCCGCGCCAAGAUGCAGCAGGAGGAACACAUCUCGCGCCGCAUACAGCCGCCCCCGCGCCACCACUAGGGUCUGCCACACCCACUACUACUCCGGAUCGUGUCUCAUCAUACUACUCAUGGAACACCUGUCUAAUGAUCCAUCUCCACCAUCUCCGGAUGGAGCAUGCCAUUUAUUGAAUACGUCGUGAGGUACCCUUCCCGUACCGAAUGACUGGAAUCGUCCACUAGGAGACAGGUCGCUACUACCGGCUUACUUGUUAGUAUUACGACAAGGUACCUUUACAACAGACUGACCGCUAGUCGUUUCGUUUUCGCCUUCAUUACAAUAAAACAUUAAUUCCAAGAUGCACCUUAAUGUCUUGAAUGCUCCUUAACAAAAUGUACAAAGUGGAUGAUUUUGAAAGUCGGAUAAAAAUAGGAAUUUUUGAGAGCGGAGCUUAGACAAGUUUUGUAAAAAGUUAAGAAUCUCGUUGUUCACAUAUUAGGAAAGUCGAAUUUUAUUCCUUUGUCGUAUCGACGGCGACGUUGCGUUAAUACGCUCUAACCGCAGCCAUAAGAUGGCGGCCGGGCACGUGACAACUAGCGCCGACGUACAAAUGACAGCGCAUCUGUGUAUAAAGCAAUCAGUAUUGAGAUAAAUUCAACGUUUGGUGACCGUGUGUAGCUGGCCUACUGUAUAAUCGCUUCAAUUUUGAUUUGCCUGCGUUUGGAUACAUGAGCGAGUUGUGACCACUCUGUUCGAUAUUAUUGUAAAGCUUAGUAUACCGAGGUAUGUGCCGUCGUGUUGGAAACGAGAGACUGUUACUGUACUAGCGUAGUGUUUGAAGCACAAAUGUUGGCCGGCGCCGGGACGCGAGGCUCCGUCGCGUGGCCCAGUGCGAAGCGGUGUCACACUACACGACCUGUUACGAGUAUCGUUAGUAAUACCUACAUUUAGUUUCUGUAAUACUUUAUACAGUACUAAAGUCUACGUUGGUUGGAUUCACUUAUCGACAAUAUACGUAAUUUGUGUUGAGAUUUUGCCCUAACAUUUAGUUGUAUUAUUAUAGUUAACGCUGGUCGGUAAGUGAAUUGAUACCUUCGCGUACUAAAGAUACAAAGUAUGUGUUAGACAUCGGUAGAUACGUUUAUCGAUCGAUACCUAACAUGUAAUCGAAUCAUGUAAUUGUAAGGUGCGAGACAUUACCCUAUUAACGAUAAGUCACUUAUUCUGGAUGCAUUUAACUUUCGCUAAAGGCCUAUUGUCGAACUGUAGAUAUUUUUAUAUACCGGGAGAUUUGGAAGUACAAACGUGACAGUGAGGCGGACCCAGUGAUUGUGAUGUAGUUCCUCAUUGGCGCGACUAGAUGGCACCAGCGGGCACUCCGCACCCAGGCAAGCUACGGAAUUUAUACGCUAACACUCAUCUGCUUCUUGUAACUGUAGCCUUGAUUUUAUUAGAAUUGUGAGUCUAACUUCAAUUUAUUAUGUUAGGGGUCGUUUUUUAGACCAAAACUGCGUUUAUUUUGGAGCCGUUCUUAGAAUAGAGGUGGAAGGCGCAGGUCACGUUCGUUUGUCGGAAGCCCUAGUUGCGCCAAUGUUUUUAAACACGAAUGUAACUAAAAUUCUGUCCAUUAUAUAUUGUAGACCUGUAACUUGGUACCUUUUAUUUUCACACUUGGCUGCGCUGGAUUCAGCCAAGCGUUGUCGAUUAUUGGUAAUAAUGUUUUUGAGCCUUUACUAUAGUACUUCAACUUGGCCUCUUGCCCAUUAAGCCAAGAUUGACAGCUUUGACGGAUAAGUUACUGUGUUGCUGUGAUUAGUUCUCAUGACAAAAUUGUUUAUAUGUAAUGUGUUUGGCGUGACGAAGUACUCGAAAUGUUGUGAAAUACUUGUUUUAAAAUUAGAUAUUUUGAAUGAAAAUGGUGAAUUAAUAAUUUACGCAUCGAACGAGGAUCGUUUUUGUCUUGAUCAUGUAACAAUUAGAAGCAG